AUGUCUAGGAUAAUUAUACUAACUGAUAGCGAUUCCGCGUCUGCAGAAGGAAGUUGGUCCGCGUCGUCAUCCGCUUGGUCGUGGACAAGUGAAUUAGAGACCAACUACUUGGACUUGGUGCGGCGUAGUGGUGGAAACGAUUUGCAUCGCGAAGAUCGUUCUACUGUCUUUGCUAGGGUGUUAGCGAACUGGGAUACGAGUGAGUCGUCAAGCACCAUGGAGUCGCAACGUGAAGAGACUGGAGAAAGUGAAGGAGUAUCUGAGCGUAUUAUAAGUGCUUCGGGGACUAGCACUUCAGGCCCAACGCUGAGCCCAGCGCCUGUAAGGCGCUGGUUAGAUGGUGGUGUGCAGAGGUCGGAAGUGGAGGAGGCAUAUGGAGCCGACUCUGCCGCAGUGAGUGGUUAUGUCGAGGAAUUUAAGUUACCUGGGACUAUCCUCGCCCGUGCGAUUCGGCGUGAUGAAUUUGGUUCAAUGUUGCCAAACGGGCAUGCGUUGGUGAGCCCCUCCGUAUUACGACUUGGGGUGGAGUUGCCGUUAGACCCUCGUCUGCAAUGUCUUGUGGCGGAGUUUGGCUUGGCCUUUGGCCAGGUGAGUUAUAACAUGUGGCGGGUUCUUCUCGGUCUCUGUUCAUUAUUCUACCUGUCGGGGUGUUCGGCUCCUACUGCGGCGGAGGUUCUCCAUUUCUUCAAAGUGGAUUACAACCAGCGUAAUGGUAAUGGGGGGACCGCGCGGUUUGUGAGGCGGGAUGAGCGCAGUGAGUACCAGGUUUUAGAGAACUGGCCCACCUCGGAGGCGAACUGGAGAAAAAACAGCUUCGUGGUGGAGGACGGGUGGGAGUAUGGGCGCAUUAACGGGGUGGAGUACAUCCCAAGAAAACGUAUUCCCUCGCGGUUCCGGGCUAUUAACUCUGGAAGGAGAUUGGUUUUGUCCGAGCGAGAGGUUGAACGGGUGAAUCGUGUAACUUAUCUUUGGAGGUGUCAAGGUGAAGACUUGGUUCACGAUUUAAAGGUAUUGACGAACCCGUACCUCCUGUUCGAGCAAGGAUUACUCCGCCGUCAUCCUACUACACUCUCGGUGAACAGGAAUUUCGAAAAGUCAGAGCGCGUCUGCUACGCCCGGUUUCUGCAGCAGGAAGAUCCUGACGUUACGCCGGAUACUGAAGGGCUAGCUAUCACGAUGUUGCGACGCGUCAUGUCUAAGAAGGCGGCAGCCUCUACAAAGAAAGUAAACGUCGCGGCGCAGCGAGUCGAGGAUUCGUCCGCGGUUGUGGACCUGUCCAUUCCCCUGCACGCGAACCUGCCGAAUGAGCAGGGAUUACCACGCCGCAGUGAUGCGGAAGGAGUUGGCCGUAUCGAUGCCGAUCCGCAUCUGGCUGAUCCGGCGGUGUCGCUUGAGACUGGUAGGAAGAAGAAGCCGCAGAAGGCGAGCGCGUCUUCGAAAAGAGCAAAGUCAUCUGCUGCCCCCGAGGAUGUGGAGGAUGCGGCAGUGGAGGCUCCGCCUCCUAAAAGACAGAGGACUACGCAGCUGGCGCCACUCACCUUCACGGAGUCUCGGGUUUUCGAGGAUCUGUCCGCCUUGGACCGCAGUCCUCUGAGCCAGCUAGGAGCUCCGGAACUGGAGAAGCUGGUGUUGUUAAGCCAGCGCGCCGGGCUCGGGGGUUUGAGGCGACCUGAAGGAUCUGGUCUGGACCUGCGGAGUCCCCUCGGUCUUGCUGCCACGAGGGCAGCGAAGAUGGUUUUUAAUUUGCUUGAUGCGGAGCGGGAUGCUCUGGAGGCACAGCGCCACCUCGCCGAAGUGGUUGAACGAGACAGCACCCGUGAGACAAGGGUGUUGCUGCUGGAAAAUGACUUGGCCAAUGCUAGGGCCAAGUUGGAAAAUGCGGCGAACCUCCAGGAGGACCUUCGGCAGGAGGUUGCCCGUCGAGAGGUAGCGGAGUCACUUGCCCGAGAAGCGGCGGCGGAGAGGGAUGCGGCGCAGUCUGCCCUUGCGGAUGCAGAGGAGCUUGUUAGGAGGAUGAGCGAGGAGGCAGAAGCUGAGAAGGCCCGCGUAGCAGAGGAGGCUGCGUCUAGCGCCGUGACUGCCUUCAAAUCAUCUAUGGAGAUGACUAAGUACUUGGAAGGGUACUAUGUCACGGCUGUGGGUGACAUGAUAGCGCAGUUCCAGGAGCUGGAGAUGCUGGAUCCUGCGGACUACGAGGUCCGUCUGUCGGAGAAGGGUUUGGAACCGCCGCCCAUGCCACAUGAAGUGACUCCGCCCUUUUCGCAGCCUACUUCUACUGCGGAGGCUGAAGGUGAGCAUCAGGAUGCACAACCGCCGCAAGGCGAAUCGGGGGAAGCGGCGGGGCUAGAAGCUGCGAGUACCGACGAUGCGGUCUGAGCAAUGCUGGCGUACUAAGUUGCGGGGGAGGAGUAGGAUAGGGUGAUAAGAUCGUUGUAAUGCGUCUCCUGUCGCCGUAGUCUUUAUGUUUCUGUAAUUUUUGUAACGGCCUUUGUGCCGAACUUGCUAUCUUUUGAUGAAUAGAAGUUCUU